UCGGAGGCGCGCGGCGAGUGGGGGCUCGAGCGAGAGGGAGGCUCGCGCUGUCAACGGCUGCGGAGCGGCGACACCCGCAAGUAAUGCACGCUCCUGCUCUCCUCGACACAGAUUACAUUUGGUCAUACCAGUUUAAGAAGAAAAGUGACUUAUCUGUGAUUGCACCUGGACCAUUAAAAGAUUCAAUCUUUGAUUAUUUUUUAAUUCAUUACUAAUUUGCACGCAAAAUUAAACAUUAAAAAUGUUUAACUUAAUUAAAAAAGACAAAGAUAAGAAGGAAAAAAAAGAAAAGAAGGAAAAACGGGAGAAAAUGUCUAUAGCAGAAUUGAAAAACCUUGAGGAAGUUGGUCUUCGUCGAGGACUCUUUAAUUUGAAUCGUUCUUCGAAGCGGGAAUCAAAGUCUAAACUGGAAAUUUCAGCUCCUAUUCCAAUAAAAGUCGCUAGUAGUUCAGAUCUCAAUCUUACUGAUAUUGAUUCAGAUACUGUUAGUAAUAGAGGAAGCAUGAUUUUUGAUUCUGAGCAGUUGAGUACUGCCAGUUCCAGUGAUGACCUCAAAAUUGAUGAAAGUAGUUUGAAGGGAUCUGUACUUCAGAGAGCAGCUUUGUUUGGUUCUCUUGCUAAACAGAAUUCAGUCCAACUCGUAAAGAGGUUCUCUUUUUCACAAAAGAGUCGAGAAGAGAUGUCAGAAGUGUCAACUCCAUCAGAAAGUUCUGCAACUCCAUCACCUCAAGUUGAAAUGAGAAAUGAAGGCUUACUACUGGAGUACUUAGAGGAAAUGCCAAAAAAUAUGUCAGAUACAUUGUCAGUGGCAAGUCCUAAUUCACUGAUUCCAGAAAUUGUGAGUAAAAGUUUUGCUGCUGAUUUACGGCUUCCUCCGGUGGUACCGCCUAUACCUACAGAACCAAGAGAACUUGUAUUGCAAAGAAGAAAUACAGGAGACUUUGGAUUCUCUUUGCGGAGAACAACUAUGCUGGACAGAGGACCUGAUGGUCAAGUGUAUCGUCGAAUGGUUCAUUUUGCAGAACCUGGAGCUGGUACCAAAGAUUUGGCAUUGGGUCUGAUGCCAGGAGAUAGAUUGGUGGAAAUUAACAAUAAGAAUGUUGAAAAUAGAUCACGUGAUGAAAUAGUUGAGAUGAUCCGUCAAUCGGGAGACACUGUGAGACUAAAAGUGCAGCCAAUCCUGGAGUUGAAUGAGCUCAGUCGAUCUUGGUUGAGAAACCAUAAAGGAAUUCGCAGAGAUACUUUUGGUUCAGAAAGAGGUGAAAAUGAUAAAGCAAUGAAAGUCAGGACUGAAGAGAUCUGUAGUCCCCAGCUGGAAAUAAAUGGAGAAAAUGUAUGUGCAACUGGAUCUUUUGAAAAUGAGCUUCCUGCACAAGAGGAGGUAAAACAAAAUAUGAAUGUGACAAAUCGUGAGGAGUUGUCCCAUGAGAAUGAGGCAUUUCCUAAGAAAAAAGUGGUUAAAAUUGUCAGGAAAGUGAUACGAAAGGCUUUACCAGGCGAAAGUGGGAGUGAUAAGGUGAAGACAAUGGAGGUUAAGUCUAAAGAGCAAGCUGUGAAGAAGAAGAUGGAAUGCAAAACAAUUCUGGAGUCAGAAGCCGGAUCUAGAACUGAAAUUAGCAAGACAACAGUUUUAAAGGUUGAGAAAAAUGUUCCCAGUACUGCUAAAAUACAACCAGCAAUUCCAACAAAGGAAACCACUAAAGAUGAUAUUUCAGUAGGGCUGACCAGUCUAAUGACGAGAGGAAAAACCAAAGAUCACAAACCUCGGUUAAAACUCUCAGAGAAAAAGGAAGAUGUUUCUACUAGUGAUCCAAAUAAAAUGAGCACUAUGUUACAUUUGCCUGCCUUGGAGCAAGCGGAAAAACAAAAUGAUCUUCAAAUGCCAGAACCAGUCAAAAGCGAGGCCCAAUGGAUGCCACAACAAAUGACCCAUACGGAUGAAGCUCAACUGAGACUGGAGAGAAUCUUCACAACUUCACUGGAACCUGCGGUCCCACCUACCCAGAGUCUAGUUCCCUCUCAAGAUUCUUCCACUCGCUCCACCGAUCUCGCACAGGCAGGUGUCUGGGCUGGUGUCUGUGCCCGUGUGUCAUGCUGGACUAAUCAGGUGGAAGAGGUGUCAACAACUGUGCUUCAGUCUUCAGCAUCUGCUCAGCCCCAGUUGAAGACUGAGGAGCAGAUUUCUGCCGAGCAAGCAUGGUAUGAAGCAGACAAAGUGUGGCUGGUUCACAAAGAUGGAUUUUCCUUAGCUGCUUAUUUAAAGACUGAUGGUGGCACGUCCAACCUUCCAGAAGGUAAUGUGAAAAUUAUACUGGAUCAUGAUAGAACAAUACUUGAAGCAGAUGAAGAUGAUGUGGAGAAGGCAAAUCCGCCAACCUAUGACCGAGUGGAAGAUCUUGCAUCCUUGUUGUACCUUAAUGAAUCAAGUGUUCUGCAUACAAUACGCCAACGUUAUGGGGGUAACCUAAUCCACACCUAUACAGGAUCAAAUAUGAUAGUGGUGAAUCCCCUCAGCUCUCCUUCAAUGUAUUCUGAGAAGGUUAUGCACAUGUUUAAGGGAUGUCGUAGAGAAGAUAUGUCUCCACAUGUAUAUGCUAUCGCACAAGCUGCGUACCGAAAUUUGCUGACUACAAGGCAGGAUCAAUCCAUUGUUUUAUUGGGCAGAAGUGGCAGUGGUAAAACUACAAAUAGCCAACAUCUCGUUCACUAUCUGGUCACAAUUGCUGGUAGCACAGGAAAAGUUGUGACUGUGGAGAAAUGGCAGGCUGUAUGUUCUGUUUUGGAAGCCUUUGGUAAUAGCACUACAAGUAUGAAUAGCAAUGCCACACGUUUUUCACAGAUCAUCUCACUUGACUUUGAUCAGGCUGGUCAGGUGGCUUCAGCUUCUAUACAGACUAUGCUUUUGGAGAAACUCAGGGUGUCUAAGCGUCCGGAGAAUGAAGGUGCAUUCAACGUGUUCUACUACCUGAUGGCUGGUGCUGAAAGUACUCUCAGAACUGAACUUCAUUUGAAUCACUUCGCAGAAAACAAUGCUUUUGGAAUUGUGCCUUUAUUGAAGCCUGAAGAGAAGCAAAAGGCAGCUCAACAGUUUAAUAAACUUCAAGCUGCUAUGAAAGUGCUUGGUAUUUCGGUUGAUGAACAGAAAGCUUUCUGGCAUAUCUUGGGUGCUAUCUACCACUUGGGGGCAGCAGGAGCCACUAAAGAUGGUGAUGAAGCUGGGAGAAGACAGUUUGCCAGACAUGAAUGGGGUCAAAAAGCAGCCUAUCUGCUGGGUUGUAACUUGGAAGAAUUGUCCUCUGCACUUUUUAAGCACCAGCCAAAAGGUGCACUUCAGAGAUCAACUUCCUUCCGUCAAGGGCCAGAUGAAUGUGGACAGGGCGAUGGGUCAGGCCCUAAGAUAACAGCAAUAGAAUGUCUGGAAGGAAUGGCAUCCAGUUUAUAUGGAGAACUGUUUACACUGCUAAUCUCACUCAUUAAUAGGGCGCUUAAAUCCACCCAGAAUUCAGUUUGUUCAGUAAUGAUAGUGGACACCCCUGGAUUUCAGAAUCCAAAGAACACAUCACAAGACAGGGCUGCAACUUAUGAAGAGCUCUGCCAUAAUUAUGCACAGGAACGUUUACAGAUGCUGUUCUAUGAGCGAACAUUUUUGAAGGAACUUGAUCGAUACAAAGAGGAAAACUUGGAGCUUGAAUUAGAUGAUGUAGAAUCCAGUUCUUCUAUUUCUGUAGCUGCUAUAGAUCAAGCCUCCCAUCAGACACUGGUUCGAACUUUGGCUAGAACCGAUGAAGCAAGAGGGUUGUUUUGGCUACUGGAUGAAGAAGCACUACAGCCUGAUGGAAAUGAAGAUACGCUUUUAGAACGGCUGUUUACUUACUAUGGCCAACAUGAUGGUGAUAAGAAUGGCCAGAGCCCCUUGCUAAAAAGCAACAAAGCUCAUCACUUCAUCCUGGGACAUUAUUACAAUACUAAUUGGGUGGAGUAUGACACAACUGGCUGGUUGAAUCAUGCAAAACAGAACCCUGCAUCCCAAAAUGCUGCUUUCCUAUUACAGGAUUCACAGAAGAAGAUCAUUAGCAAUCUAUUUAUGGGCAGAGCUGGAACAGUCACGGUAUUAUCUGGUUCAAUUGCUGGCCUAGAGGGAGGAUCCCAGCUUACCUUACGAAGAGCAACAAGCAUGCGAAAGACCUUCACCACUGGUGUAGCUGCAGUGAAGAAGAAAUCAUCUUGCAUUCAAAUUAAACUUCAAGUGGAUGCUCUUAUUGACACAAUCAAGAAGUCUAAGAUUCAUUUCAUUCACUGUUUACUGCCAAAAACUAAUGUCUUUACUGAAACAAAGGUGUCUCCAACUCCAUCUUUCAAAUCUGGAAUCACAGAAACUGAUAUCCAAGCAGAAAACUUUGAAGCAGGUUUGAUGCAGCUGGAUGUGCCACUACUUCGAGCCCAGAUUAGGGGAUGCAAACUUCUUGAUGCCCUUAGAAUAUAUAGACAAGGUUAUCCAGAUCAUAUGGUGUUUUCUGAGUUCAGACGACGUUUUGAUGUUCUUGCACCACAUCUAACAAAAAAACAUGGACGUAACUACAUUGUUAAAGAUGAAAAACGGGCAGUGGAAGAACUUCUGGAGUCAUUGGAUUUGGAGAAAAGCAGUUACCACAUAGGCCUUAGUCGGGUGUUUUUCAGAGCAGGAGCUCUGAUUAAGUUGGAAGAACAAAGGGAUGAACAGACUAGAAGAAAUAUCACACUCUUCCAGGCAGCUUGCAGAGGAUACCUUGCAAGACAAUAUUUCAAGAAGAGAAAGGUUCAAGAACUAGCUAUUCGUUGUGUCCAGAAAAACAUUAAAAAGAACAAAGGGGUCAAGAACUGGCCGUGGUGGAAACUAUUCACUACUGUCCGGCCACUAAUUGAGGUUCAGUUAACAGAAGAGCAAUUGCGGGGCAAAGAUGAGGAAAUUCAGCAGCUACGAAGCAAAAUAGAACGAGUUGAAAAGGAGCGUAAUGAGCUACGGCUAACCAGUGAUCGCUUAGAAAGCAGGCUAGGAGACCUGACAUCAGAAUUAACAGAUGAGAGAAACACUGGUGAAUCAGCAACUCAACUUCUCGAGACAGAAACUGCAGAAAGGCUUCGAUUAGAGAAAGAAAUGAAGGAGUUGCAGGCCAAAUAUGAUGGAAUGAAGAAGCAAAUGGAGUCAAUGGAAAUGGAAGUUAUGGAAGCUCGGCUUAUCAAAGCAGCAGAAUUAAAUGGAGAUCUGGAUGAUGAUGAUGAGUCUGGUGGAGAAUGGAGACUGAAGUACGAGCGUGCAAUAAGAGAGAUAGAUUUCACCAAAAAGCGAAUGCAUCAAGAAUUUGAUGAUAAACUAGAGGUUGAAUUACAGAACAAAAGGCAACUGGAGAGAAAAGUUGCAGAUUUGCAAGCCGACAAUGAAGAAAUGCAACGCAGUGUUCAGCAGUUGAAGAAGAAGUCUCAGCGACUAACAGCAGAAUUGCAAGACACCAAGCUGCAUCUUGAAGGACAACAAGGGCGUAAUCAUGAAUUGGAAAAGAAACAGCGAAAGUUUGACAGUGAGUUGUCACAGGCAGCAGAUGAAGCUCAAAGAGAGAAGAUCCAAAAAGAGAAACUAAGCAGAGAAAGAGAUGGAUUUAUAGCAGAGAUAUUCAGCUUAAAGCAACAACUGGAUGAUAAGGAUUCUGAAAUCAUCACCAUCACCCAAAAGGCAGAGCGUCUCGAUGCAGAACUGCAGGAUCUCUCCUCUCAAGAAUCUAAAGAUGAAGCUUCUCUCGCAAAAGUGAAGAAGCAGGUGCGUGAAUUAGAGGCCAAAGUCAAGGACCAAGAAGAGGAGCUUGAUGAACAAGCUGGGACUAUUCAGAUGCUUGAGCAGGCCAAGCUUCGAUUGGAAAUGGAAAUGGAACGGCACAGACAAACUCAAGCCAAGGAGAUUGAAAGUAAAGAGGAGGAGGUGGAAGAAAUUAGACAGUCUUGUCAGAAAAAGUUAAAACAAUUUGAACUGCAGUUGGAAGAGGAAUAUGAUGAGAAACAGAAAAUUCUGAGAGAGAAGAGAGAUCUGGAGAACAAACUAUCUACAGUCAGUGAGCAGGUUAGUGAACGAGACUUUGAAACUGAAAAGAGACUGCGUAAGGAUCUUCGACGGACAAAAGCCCUUCUAGCUGAUGCACAAAUAAUGCUGGAUCACUUAAAGAAUAAUGCACCCAGCAAACGGGAAAUUGCACAGUUGAAAAACCAGCUUGAAGAGUCUGAGUUCACUUGCGCAGUAGCUGUCAAGGCUCGAAAAGCCAUGGAAGUUGAAAUGGAAGAUCUGCACCUUCAGGUUGAAGAUAUCUCUAAAGCCAAAGUUUCAUUGGAAGAACAAUUAAGUCGUUUGCAACGUGAGAAAAAUGAGCUACAGAGCCGUCUUGAGGAAGAUCAAGAGGAUAUGAAUGAACUCAUGAAGAAGCACAAAGCUAUAGUUUCCCAGUCAUCUAGGGACUUAGCCCAGAUCAAUGAACUGCAGUCACAACUUGAAGAAGCCAAUAAAGAGAAACAAGAACUACAAGAAAAGUUACAAGGACUUCAGAGUCAGCUAGAGUUCACAGAACAGUCCAUGGUAGAUAAAUCCUUGGUGAGCAGACAAGAAGCCAAGAUUCGUGAACUUGAAACCAAACUGGAAUUUGAGAAAACUCAGGUCAAACGUCUUGAGACCCUGGUUAGUCGUCUCAAGGAAAACUUGGAAAAGCUGGGAGAAGAGAGAGAUCAGAGGGCGGCUGCUGAAAAUCGGGAAAAGGAGCAAAAUAAACGAUUGCAGCGGCAGCACAGGGAUCUAAAGGAAGAACUGGGAGAAGUUAGCAAGAAAGAAGCUGAAGCCAGCCGCAAAAAACAUGAGCUGGAAAUGGAUAUUGAAAGUCUUGAAGCUGCAAAUCAGAGCCUACAGUCUGACCUUAAACUUGCUUUUAAAAGAAUAGGAGAUUUGCAAGCAGCAAUUGAAGAUGAAAUGGAGAGUGAUGAAAAUGAAGAUCUUAUCAACAGUUUGCAAGAUAUGGUGGCAAAGUAUCAGAGAAGAAAGAAUAAAAUUGAGGGUGAUUCAGACACGGACUCUGAAGUUGAUGAACGUGUCGAUGACGUCAAAUCCUGGCUGUCAAAGAACAAGGGCUCAGCCAAAACAUAUUCAGAUGACGGAAGCCUAAAAAGUUCAAGCCCUCCAUUGUAUCGUCGACACGUCACUGUCAUGAAUUCUGAUGAUGAGAUGGGCAAUAUUGAAGAUACCCUGAAGUCCAGGAUAUCAACCAGGCGACCACUAAACAAUAGUGGCAGUGACACCAAAAUUGUGGAAUCCAAUGCAUAGCGAAAAGUGUAACUGUUAUCUACAGGUUCCUACUAACCAAAAAAGCUCAGCACAUGACAUUUGAAUUUCUUGGGAUAUUACUGUGGUGAUGUUGGGUUUGGUAACACAAUAAAAUUGGAAGUGGGAUGAAUGAAAUACAUGAUGUCCUGAUACUUUGUCACCUUGGUAAUAGUCUUGCAUGGUAUUGAUAGGCUGUGUUAAUUUGAAAUUUAAAUUGACUACAAAGUGUACGAUGAUUGGUAUUUCUUACAAGUAUGGAAUUUCCUGUUCUCAUCUGCAUAAUUUGAAAGCCUGUAAUAUUUCUGGGUUUGCUUUCUUCUCUUGAUUUGUUUUCUAUUGCUAUGGCUAAUCUUUCUUAUCAGCACUGCUUUCGAAAUCUAAUUCAAACUGACAUCUCUGGUUGCAGUCUAAGGCGACCACUGACUUUUUCAUGCAGUUAUUUUUACCUGAGCCAAAGAUUUGUUUUUUAUUUCUCAAUUCUAGACUGGAAAAUUGACACAGAUAAGAGCAAAAUACCAGAACCCUUUGGCUUCAAACUUUUUCUCAAAUGAUGUAUGUGUGCAUAUGUUAAUACUUUUUGAAAAUAAACAAAUUUGGUGUUGAUAGUUCACUAAUGCCUACUCUUGCACAAUCUGUUUACUUUGUAUCUUGGAGCUCAAAUAGUCGGAUGUGUUUAAUAUCAUAUACCCUGCAUUCGCUCUUCAAAACAAAUAGUUUAAAAAAAAAAGUUGUAUAUGUAAUCUUCUGUAGUCAAGAUUUAUAAUCUAAAGGGACAAAAAGUAAUUCGGAAAGGAGGGUAUUGGAAAAAGCCAACCCUUUAGAAAAUAAUUUUUGAGUUCUUUUAAUGUAUACACUUGCUAUUUAUGUUUUGUUAUCUCUUCACCAUUGUGUUUGGUUAUUCAAUGGAAAAAGUGAUACAGUCCUUAAUGUCAAAGAACCUGCUGCCAUUUAAUCUUGAUUAAAUCAAAAUACAAAUUGAAACAAAUAAAUUGGAUUAGUUUGCUUGAACAUGAUAACAGUGUGGAAAUAGUUUGGGAAGUUGCAAGGUCUGUAAAUUCAAAUGGCUGUGAUUCUUAAAUACAUAAAUCAUUUUCUGUCUUUAAAGUUUUCCAGAUCACUUCUUCACAAUGGUUGUUUUUGAUUUUGGAUAUUUUAAUUAAAAAAUAGACAUUAGUAUUAUUGUUUAUUGUUCAAAAUUAGUGACCAUUUAAAUCAAGGCUGGAACUUCAAAAUAAAAUCAUUUUUAAAAAUUACAUACACCCUCAUUUUUUUAUCAAAUUGCAUGGAUCAUUUAAGUGACUCCCUGGAAUAUUAAGAUAUUUCUUUAUAAAAUAAUUACAGGCACUAUUCUGAUAGUUCUCCUUGAAUGCUCAUUGACUUAUUAUGCCAUAGUGUUUGAUAUGAAGUUUAAAUGAAGACCUACUUUCCAGUAUAUAACUGUGCACUUUUCAAGAAUGCAGACUAUGUACCUCUUUACUCAGUACAGGUAAUAGCAAACAGAUUGCAGUUUUGCAAGGUUUAUUAAUAUUUGUAAUAUGUUAUUGAAAUGGUACAAUUUUAUUCAGUUAGUCAUAAUAUAGCACUGAUGUAUAAAGUUAUGCAGUUAAUUGGCAAAUUGUGAUAUCAGAAGUUCUGCAGUGUAGCUUCAAAGAUUUCUAAUAGUGUAAUGGAAACAGCUUUAACAGAUGAAUACAUGUGUAAGAGAGGAUGGAUUGAAAUUGCUUUGAAAGAUUGCAAACUUGGAAAAAAAAAUAUUGUCCUCUAUUAAAUGUACUUUUUGUUGACUAUUUAUGUGGCAAAAUAAACUUAUUGGUUGUCUUACAAGUUCCCAAAUUAUUUUCUUCUUUAUGACAAUUGUAGCACAGAAUAAACAGAAAAAUAACUUCA